ACCCAAACCCAACCGCCAACCCAGCCUCAACCCACGCAAGACCAACAAUGGCAAGCAGCACUCCACCAAGCAGAGGACGGAAUGCGCGCCUACAACGCAGCCCGCCAAGCCGGCGACGCACAGGGCGAAGCCGCCGCCAUAACGCACAUCCCCACCCUCCUCCGCGCAGCCGGGGACCAGCACCCCGACCCGCAGGUCCAAGCCGAUCUGUACGAGCGCGCGCGGCGGUUCGCGGAGGCGAGCCAGGAGGAGCGCGAUGCGAUGGUGCAUCCGUUCUUGCAGGGACUUGGGCUCCUCGUCGCGACGCCGUUUUUGCUUGCGGGGGGCGUGCUGUUUGGGGUGGGGAAGCUUGUGCAGGGUGUGGGGAGCUUGUUG